GUUUCAGCAUCAAAUUGUUUAAUACUCCUGUAUCGAAAUGGCACUCGGACUGAAAAUAUUUCUGUUAAUUUCCAUAUCUAUAUUAAUAGCAUUUUAUGGAAAACUACUUUGUUUUGCCGAAGUGUCUUAUCACACAUGCAAAGUGCGCGCGGGUAUAGGAAAAAUAGACAUAGAAGAUUUUGAAAUGAAACGAGCUGCACGUAGCGCUAAGGCAGAGUGUUUUCGCAUUUGCUACGCACUGAUGACAAAUACUAGAUACUACACCAGAACUUGCCUGGCAGGCACUACGAAUUAUUCGCGCUGGUUCACCAUAUUCCAUUGCCCGGAACAAAUCAGAAAUCCCGUUUUGAUCGCUGAUGGCAUCAUACCAGAUGAAUUCACAACCAAAAAGCCAAUUAAUUUAUGUCCAGGCUGGAUACAAAGCUACCUAAAUAUUAGAUUGGAAUAACAAAACCGUAUAUAUUAUUGCUAGAAUUAUCUAAAUGAGGAAGUAAACCACUUCUAUCUUCGUUACAAAUGUUUUUUUUGAUUAUAUUUUGGAAUUACAAUAUCCAAAAUUAAAUUAAUUUACCUCAUAUACACUAUUGUAAAUUAAGUAAUUGUGAUUAAACACAUGCCACAUUGGAAACCGAUAGUUACGGGAAACGGAAU